GCACCCAUACGCACACAAACUAAGCUUAGCUGCAGUACAGAGGAUCAGUUCAGAGAUUGUGUUUCUGAAGGAUGACGGGCAGAGGUAGUGAUUUGACAACGAGGAUCUCGGAAAACCUAGCUGACCCUUGAACCUGCAGCCAUUCUGUGUCAUGGAUGCAGAAGGUCCAUCUCCUCUACAGCGUUUCGGCGUAGCAAAGCGAUCUAUCACUUCCAUCUUUGAUCAGCUGCUGGACUUUGUCAAGGAUGGAUCUGCCUUCGUGGAUGCAGCCUUGCAAAAGGAUGACAUGGUGGCUGUAGAGGAGCAGAGCUUGGAGAUGCAGAGCUGUGCCACCAAACUGUACACCAUCAGAGAUGUUCUCCUCCGGAGGCACAUGAAGGUGGCUUUCUUUGGCAGGACGAGUAAUGGAAAGAGCACUGUGAUUAAUGCCAUGCUCAGGGACCGCGUGCUACCCAGCGGAAUCGGACACACCACCAACUGUUUCCUGAGUGUGGAGGGGACGGAUGGAGAUGAGGCCUACUUGACCUCUGAGGCGUCAGAAGAGAGGCGGAGCAUCAGUGUAUGGCAACCGCCAUGCUUUUAUCGCCUGUUCUCUGCUGAAAUCUCACCUUCACUCCCUCCUCAGACUGUCAACCAGCUGGCUCAUGCCCUUCACAUGGACCCCACACUGGACUCCAGCUGCCUGGUGAAGGUGUUCUGGCCCAAAAGCCGAUGUGCUCUGCUGAGAAAUGACCUGGUGCUCAUGGACAGUCCUGGGACAGACGUCACCCUGGAGCUGGACAGCUGGAUCGAUAAGUUCUGUUUGGAUGCAGACGUCUUUGUUCUGGUGGGAAACGCAGAGUCAACGCUCAUGAACACAGAGAAACUUUUCUUCCACAAAGUCAGUGAGAGGAUCUCUAAACCAAACAUCUUCAUCCUGCACAACCGCUGGGACGCCUCAGUAACUGAGCCUGACUACAUCCAGGAGGUGAGGAAACAGCACCUAGAUCGGUGUGUCGGCUUCCUGGCUGAGGAGCUGGGGGUGGUUGGGCCAAACGAAGCUCCAGGGAGGAUAUUCUUCAUCUCUGCCAAAGAGGUUCUUAGCUCCAGGAUGCAGCGAGCACAGGGCAUGCCCGAGACAGGUGAGACAGGGGGGGCUCUGGCAGAGGGUUUCCAUGAGCGGCUAACAGAGUUCCAGAGGUUCGAGCGAACGUUUGAGGAGUUCAUCUCCCAUUCUGCGGUCCGGACCAAGUUUGAGCAGCAUACUGUCCGAGCGUGCCAGAUCACAGAAGCCAUCAAGGCUGUGAUGGACGCUAUCAACAUCGCAUCAGCUGACAGAAAGAUUUGCUGCCUGGAGGAGCGUGAGGAGCAGCGGGACCAGCUGGACUUUGUUCGAGGACAGAUGAAUCGCUUGACCAACGGCAUCAAGGAGAGGAUCCAGAUCCUCAGCGAUGAAGUCACUGCCAAGGUGGCCUCGGCGCUGUCUGAUCAUAUCCGCUUGCUUCCGGUGCUGGUGGAAGAGUUUAGAGCCGACUUCAAGCCAACUAAAGAGACUCUAGAGCUCUACAAGGCUAAGCUGGUUCAGCACCUGCAGGACCAGCUGCUGGCCUCUUUGGCGCACCGCUGCUCUGCUGGAGUCCAUCGAGACAUCAAGGAUGCUCAGAGACACAUGACUGACAGUGUGCGCCCCCUUCUGUCAUCAUCUGUUCAGGACCAGCUCUCUGUCCCCUAUACCUCCUUUGAGCUGACCUAUGACCUUGGUCUUGCCGCCCUCUGUGCUGACUUUCAGGAGAACAUUGACUUCCAAUUUUCUCUGGGGUGGACCGCCCUCGUGACCCGGUUCAUAGGAGCUGCCAAUGCCAGGCGUGCUCUGAGAGGCCUCGACAGCAAGUCCCAGGAAGGGUCUGUCUUCAAAGAUGAGAUGAUGGUUUCUGUAGCAAAACGGCUAGUGUCUGCCACCUCCAGAGCAUCUAUGACGGUGCUGGUAAUUGGUGGAGUGGUGUGGCGUUCUGUGGGCUGGCGUGUUAUCGCCCUCUCCUUUUCCCUGUACGGCCUCCUGUACCUUUACGAGAGGCUCACCUGGACGGACGCCAGCAGGGAGCGCGCUCUGAAGCAGCAGUUUGUGCAGCACGCAGCUCACAGUUUGGGAGCUGUCAUACCCGUCACAAGCUCCGCCUGCAGCCAGCAGGUGUACAAGGAGCUGACCUCAACGUUCAUUCGUCUGAGUCAGAGAGUUAACCUGAAUGAGGCCGAGCUGGAAGGAAGCAUCCGGCAGCUGAGCUCCACCAUCCAGAGGCUGGAGAGCAUCCAGAGGAAGUCAAAAGCCUUCAGGAACAGAGCGACAGAGUUAGAGGCUCAGCUGGACGCCUUUUCUGUCCAGUACCUGCAGACGGACUAGAGGAAGAACCAGAACCACUUUGUCCAGGUUCCACUUCCUGCUGGUCCACAGACUGGCUCAUGGAGUGAAACCAAACCACUGCCAAAACAACAACAUUCAUCUGCCAGUUCCAAAUUCAAACUGAACUGCCUCGUAGGACAGCUCUUUAAGAAAACAAACAAGCCUAACCAUUUUGACCAUAACGGACAAUGACAAUGAUUUCUCCCCCCCAAAGGCCUGGAUGUCACCAACACCUAGAAGUGCUCUGCCUUGUUAAUUUCUAAAGAUUUGCUCAAGCAAAUUUACCUCAUGAAAAAAAUAGAAAAGUGGAAAAUGCUGCACUGUUUCUAAAAAGAGAAAAUGAAGGGACAGUAAAAGCUUACUGUAUUUUCCGGACUAUGAGUCGCCCUUUUUUUCAUAGUUUGGCAAGGGGUGCGACUUAUAUUCCGCAGCGACU